CGAGGCGCCCGCACUCGCUGAGUCCCCGCUGCCGCCCCACUCUCGCCAUGCGUCCUGGGGCACUGUGGCCGCUGCUUUGGGGAGCCCUGGUCUGGGCGGUGGGAUCCGUGAGCGCCGUGAUGGGCUCGGGGGAUUCCGCGCCCGGUGGCGUGUGCUGGCUCCUGCAGGACCGAGAGGCCACCUGCAGUCUGGUGUUGAAGACAGAUGUCAGCCGGGAGGAGUGCUGCUCUACCAGCAACAUCAACACAGCCUGGUCCAACUUCACUCACCCAGGCGAUAAAAUCAGCCUGCUGGGGUUCCUGGGCCUCGUCCACUGCCUCCCGUGCAAAGAUUCCUGCGACGGAGUGGAGUGCGGCCCCAGCAAGGCGUGCCGCAUGGUGGGAGGCCGUCCACGCUGUGAGUGCGCACCGGACUGCGAGGGGCUGCCCGCGGGCUUGCAGGUCUGCGGCUCUGACGGCGCCACCUACCGGGACGAGUGCGAGCUGCGCGCCGCGCGCUGCCGCGGGCACCCGGACCUGCGUGUUAUGUACCGAGGCCGCUGCCAAAAGUCCUGCGCCCACGUGGUGUGCCCGCGCCCCCAGUCGUGCCUUGUGGACCAGACCGGCAGCGCGCACUGCGUGGUGUGUCGCGCCGCGCCCUGCCCGGUGCCUUCCAGCCCCGGCCAGGAACUCUGUGGCAACAACAACGUUACCUAUAUCUCCUCGUGUCACCUGCGCCAGGCCACCUGCUUCCUGGGCCGCUCCAUUGGGGUUCGCCACCCGGGCAUCUGCACAGGGACCCCCAAAGUACCGCCAGAGGAGGAAGAGAACUUCCUGUGAGCUGCGGCAGCUGGGCCUGGUAUUUGAGGCCGUCCCAGUUUUAUUUAUUGUCACAGAAAAGAUUCUAAUUUAUGUCACGUGGACAUUCCCCAAACCUGGCCUGGAACCACUUGCGGAUCCUGUAGGAUCCUGAGCACGUAUCACAGGGACUGAAGGGAGAUGUUUUAUAAGAGUUGGUAUGUGCCAUCACCAGGUACUGGGAUCAAGUUAGGACCCCAGACACCUGCUGUAGGGAGGGCGGCUUCGCGGAGACUCCUGCCUUGAUCUCUGCCUGCUGUCCAGACUGGAGUCGAGUCUCAGGGCACAGGCGAUGGUAGUGUGUCCUCCUCAGCUGCUGUUCACACGGGGCCUCCCGGCCUCAGACCAGGGGCAGUCAGGGUCAACCCAGAGAAACACUGGGCUCCUCCCUGUUUACUCACUCCACUUAGGGUGGGACCCUGGCUGACGGCAGGCCCAGGGUAGCCUGUGGACACCCGGACUCACCGUGCCCCGAGCACCCCAGAGUCACCCUGUAGUGCCUACUUCCCAGUCAGCUGCACUCAUCACCAGGCCCUGCAACAGGUGGACACCAGUCAGGUGCUGUUUGGGGCGUGACCCUUCACUCUGAUAGCUGCUACUGAACAUUACCCACAUGUGCCUUCCAGGAGACCAAAAAGAAUGAGGAGCUGCCAUUCAGUAGUUAGUGCUUACCCAGCAUGCACAAGGCCCCAGGCUCCAUCCCCAGCACCACAUACAACAGACAUGUUGGCACGAGCCUGUCAUCCCAGCACUGGAUAGAGGCAGGAGGAUCAGGAGUUCAAGGUCAUCUCUGACUGCAUAGUGAGUUCGAGACCAGCCUCGGCUACAUGAGACGUAACCUCUAAAAAACUUGAAAAGGAAGACAAGAUGUUAGACCACGAACAGAGGACCAUAGGAGGGUGCACAGCCGCCCGUUUGGCGGGCAAGGAGUUCCCAGGGUCUUUUCUAUCGUCCUCCCUUGAGUCCUUAGCUGUGCCUUUCUUAUAAUGUCCCCCAAAAGUGUCAUUAACAGGCAGCCUAGGCAGCAUCCCCCACCCUGGGCUUCUGCCUCAGCAAAGAAAUAAAAGAUGGAAAAACAAA